AUGGCGACCACAUCGAACAUGUUCCUGUAUUCCUUGACCAUCCAGCCACCCACCGCUGUCACGCAGGCUCUGCUUGGUCAGUUCUCAGGAACCAAGGAACAGCAGAUUCUUACGGCGUCUGGAUCGCGUCUAACCCUCCUCCAGCCUGAUCCCCGUCAGGGCAAGGUCAACACCCUGCUGUCUCAUGACAUCUUCGGCAUCGUACGCGCCAUCGCGUCGUUCCGUCUGGCCGGCAGCCACAAGGACUACAUUAUUCUCGCCACUGAUUCGGGCCGCAUCACGAUUAUCGAGUAUCUUCCCAAGACGAACAAGUUCCAGCGCAUCCACCUCGAGACUUUCGGCAAGUCGGGCGUCCGCCGAGUCAUCCCCGGCCAGUACUUGGCCGCAGACCCCAAGGGAAGAGCCUGCCUUAUUUCGUCACUGGAAAAGAACAAGCUGGUCUAUGUUCUCAACCGCAACUCACAGGCCGAGCUUACCAUCUCGUCACCGCUAGAAGCCCACAAGCCAGGAGUGCUGGUGCUGUCUCUUGUGGCCCUUGACGUUGGUUACGCCAACCCCGUUUUCGCCGCGUUGGAAAUAGAUUACUCGGACGCGGAUCAGGACCCUACGGGCCAAGCACGAGAAGAAGUCGAGACACAGCUGGUAUACUACGAGCUUGAUUUGGGCCUGAACCACGUUGUUCGCAAGUGGUCGGAUACUGUCGAUCGUACUUCUUCGCUGCUCUUCCAAGUACCGGGCGGUAAUGACGGUCCCAGCGGUGUGUUGGUUUGCGGCGAGGAAAAUGUUACUUAUCGACACUCGAACCAAGAGGCCUUCCGCGUUCCUAUCCCCAGACGUAAGGGCGCUACCGAGGAUCCUCAGAGGAAGCGUGUCAUCGUCUCUGGCGUGAUGCACAAGCUCAAGGGGAGCGCGGGCGCCUUUUUCUUCCUUCUUCAGACGGAUGAUGGAGAUCUCUUCAAGAUCACCAUUGACAUGAUCGAAGAUGCUGACGGUAACCCCACUGGGGAGGUUAAGCGCCUGAAGAUCAAGUACUUCGAUACGAUACCAGUAGCAACCAGCCUUUGCAUCCUGAAGAGCGGCUUCCUGUUCGCCGCUAGCGAGUUUGGGAACCAUCACUUCUACCAGUUCGAAAAACUUGGAGACGAUGACGAGGAGCUCGAGUUCAGCAGCGACGACUUUCCGACAGACCCUACCGCCUCGUAUAACCCGGUGUACUUCCACCCCAGGCCACUUGAAAACUUGGUCCUGGUUGAGAGCAUUGAUUCGAUGAACCCUCAGGUUGAUUGCAAGGUUGCGAACCUGACGGGUGACGAUGCGCCCCAGAUCUACUCUGUCUGUGGAAAUGGUGCGCGGAGUACUUUUCGCUCGUUGAAGCACGGACUCGAAGUGUCUGAAAUUGUCGCUUCAGAGCUCCCGGGUACGCCUUCCGCGGUGUGGACGACCAAGUUGACCAAGUACGACCAGUACGACGCUUACAUUGUGCUGUCAUUCACAAAUGGAACUUUGGUGCUCAGCAUUGGCGAGACAGUUGAGGAGGUCAGCGAUAGCGGUUUUUUGACUACUGCGCCUACCCUAGCUGUCCGGCAAAUGGGUGAGGACGGCUUGAUCCAAGUUCACCCCAAGGGUAUUCGCCACAUCGUCCAAGGUCGUGUCAAUGAAUGGCCUGCGCCUCAGCAUCGGUCGAUUGUUGCUGCUACGGCAAACGAGAAUCAGGUCGUGAUUGCUUUGAGCUCUGGCGAAAUUGUCUACUUCGAAAUGGACUCGGAUGGCUCGCUCGCCGAGUAUGACGAAAAGAAGGAGAUGUCGGGAACCGUCACAUCGCUGAGUGUUGGUCAAGUACCAGAGGGCCUCAAGCGAAGCUCGUUUCUAGCUGUAGGAUGUGAUGAUUGCACAGUUCGCAUUCUUAGCUUGGACCCUGACUCGACGCUCGAGAUGAAGUCCAUCCAAGCGUUGACAGCUGCACCCUCGGCUCUGUCCAUAAUGUCCAUGGAGGACUCGUUCGGUGGCUUCACCCUCUAUCUGCACAUUGGUCUGCAUUCGGGUGUAUACCUUCGAACAGUGCUGGAUGAGGUCACGGGUGAACUAACAGACACUCGUCAAAAGUUUCUAGGCCCCAAGCCUACCAAACUCUUCCAAGUAUCUGUUCAAGAUCAGCCAUGUGUUCUUGCGCUGAGCUCGAGGCCAUGGCUGGGCUACACCGACCCACUGACCAAGGGGUUUAUGAUGACCCCUCUAAGUUACACUGAGCUUGAGUAUGGCUGGAACUUCAGCAGCGAACAGUGCUUGGAAGGCAUGGUCGGAAUUCAUGCUAAUUACUUGAGAAUCUUUUCGAUCGAAAAGCUGGGAGACAACAUGAUCCAGAAAUCCAUUCCUUUGACUUACACACCAAAGCGCCUAGUCAAGCAUCCCGAACAGCCUUACUUUUACACUAUAGAGUCCGAUAAUAACACGCUUCCCCCGGAGCUGCGGGCAAAGCUUCUGGAGCAACAAAGCAAUGGUGAUGCGACGAUACUGCCGCCAGAGGAUUUUGGAUAUCCCAAGGCUAAGGGCAGAUGGGCAUCAUGCAUCAGCAUUAUCGAUCCUAUCAGCGACGAACCGAGAGUCCUCCAAAGGAUCGAUCUCGACAACAAUGAGGCGGCAGUCAGUGCGGCUAUUGUACCCUUUGCCAGUCAAGAGGGUGAAAGUUUCUUGGUAGUCGGCACAGGCAAGGACAUGGUCCUUAACCCACGUCAAUUCACCGAGGGCUACAUCCAUGUCUACAGAUUCCAUGAGGAUGGCCGGGAUCUGGAGUUCAUCCACAAGACCCGAGUGGAAGAGCCACCUAUGGCACUCAUCCCGUUCCAGGGUCGUCUGCUGGCUGGCGUGGGCAAGACACUUCGCAUCUACGACCUCGGUUUGAAGCAGCUGCUCAGAAAGGCUCAAGCAGAUGUGACGCCCACCCUGAUCGUGUCCCUACAAAGCCAGGGCAACCGCAUCAUUGUCGGCGAUCUCCAGCAGGGUGUCACUUACGUUGUCUACAAGGCCGAGGGCAACAGACUCAUCCCCUUCGUCGACGACACCCUAAACCGCUGGACAACCUGCACUACCAUGGUCGACUACGAAUCCGUCGCCAGCGGCGAUAAGUUCGGCAACAUUUCCAUCGUUCGCUGCCCAGAGCGCGUCAGUCAGGACACUGACGAGCCUGGGUCAGAGAUCCACCUGAUGCACGCCCGCAACUACCUUCACGGCACACCCAACCGCCUGAGCCUGCAGGUCCACUUCUUCACUCAGGACUUGCCGACCAGCAUUUGCAAGACCAGCCUGGUGGUCGGUGGUCAGGACGUGCUGCUCUGGAGCGGUUUGCAGGGCACUGUCGGUGUCUUCAUUCCCUUUGUCAGCCGUGAGGAUGUCGACUUUUUCCAGAAUCUGGAGAACCACAUGCGCGCUGAGGACCCGCCGCUUGCGGGCCGUGACCACUUGAUCUACAGAGGUUAUUACACCCCCGUCAAGGGCGUGAUUGAUGGUGACUUGUGCGAGAGGUUCAGCUUGCUGCCGAACGAUAAGAAGCAGAUGAUUGCGGGAGAACUUGAUCGCUCGGUGAGGGAAAUUGAGCGCAAGAUUUCGGAUAUCCGCACCAGGUCUGCCUUCUAA